AUGUUACGCAAAAAGCCUCAAAUAUAAAAGAAAAAUGUAUAGAUUUAUUAAAAGUUAGAAAAGGUAAUAGAGACAUGCGGCCCAUAAGUAUUUAGGUUCUUAAAGCCUUUGGAGAUUAGGAAUCUAAGAUAAGUUAAUAAAUUGUUUUACUACUAACUGAUGACGUUUGAAGUUUGGAAUGGACUUAUUAUGGAGAUAAAAUAAUAGUAACAGUAAAGUCAAAUAAGUAAUUCUAAAAGAUAGCUGACUAGCAUAAAUGAAGAAGAAGAUGAAAAAUAUAAAGCAGAAUUGGAAAUUGAUAAAAAAAAGAUGGAAUAAUAUGAGUUAAAUUUUUAAGAUGACAUAGAAGAAAGUGAUUCUGAUGAAGAAAAAAAGCCAAAAAAAAAGAAUGUUAUUUAAAGAAAGCAUAUAGAAAAAAGUAAUUAAUAAUAGGUCAUAAAAAAUACAAUCAGAGAGAAAGCUAGAGAAUAAAUAUCAAAUAUAAAAAAAGAUAACUAGUCUAUUUAGGAGGAGUAAGAAGAAUUUGAAAUAACUCCUUAAAUUAUAAAAAAAUCAAGCAAAAUACAAAUUUAGCAAAAGCACAGAGUUGAUUUGAAUUCUAAUAAUACUAGUCAGCAAAUUAACUCGAGUUAGGUUAAACUUAUUAGAAGAUCUUCUCUUGUAAGGGAUGGAAAAUAUUAGCAGGCAAACUAAUCAAUAAAUAACGAUACUUCUAAAACUACCACAAUAUCGUCAGCUUCUUCUUCAAAGAGAGAAGGUUCCUCUGAGAUAAGGAUUUCUAGUAAUUAAAUUACAUAAGAUUUAGAGAAGUCGAGUUAGUUACUAUUAAAAAAGAAGUAAUAGUAUGAAUAAUAAUAAAUUAAAAAUGGAAAUAUUUUCAAUUAAAAAAAUGAUUCAGUAAAUAAUGACCCUUUACUCAGAACCUCUAACAGUUUCUUUAAAAAGAACUUCUUUGAUAGAUUAAAUUAAAAUGCUAGCUAAAUAAUUUAAAAUAACUCUAAAAAUUAAUAAAUGCCAUAAAUAAAUAAGCAAAAUGAAAAGUUACUCCAAAAUUCAACUACUUAAGGUGGAUUUAGACCUUAAACUAAUAUAUUGUAAAGGAGAGGACCCGAAUAAACAUAGGUGUUGAAUCCAGAUUAACUUUAAUGGCUUAAAGUUCCAAUUAAUAUAAUAGAAAACAUUGAUAAUCUGUUUGAUAUUAAAAAAUCUUAUGCUUAGAAUAUGAAAUCCUUCGAAGAAUUAAAUUAAGUUAUGGAUUCUUGGAUUCAUGAAUCAAAAGUAUUAGAGAAAGCAUUAGAUGCAUAGAGUAUAACUACAGAAACAUUAUUAUAAGAGGUAACCCUUUGGUCAGAUUUAUGCAGAAUAAUUGAUAUGUUCAAAAAAGAGUGCGAGAAUGAAAAAGUUUAAAAAAUUGAAAAAAUUAUUGCAGAAAAAUGCUUCACAGAUGAGAAUUUAAAGAAAAAAGCAGCUUAGUUUAAACUGAUAAAAAAAAAUAUAUUAAUUGAUAGAUUAAGUAAGAAGAAUUUUGCUUAAGAAUUUUAGUAAGAAUGUUUUGAGUUUUUCAAAAAACUUAUGAAAGCAUCUUUCAAAGAUUUUCCUGAUAUUUGGUUUCCAUGUCUAAAUGCAAUAAUUUAACUUUAUGAAAAAUACACAGUGGUUUUUGACUUGAGGAUAUUUUUUGUUAUGGAGAAAUUUUUUACACUAUUACUAAAUAAAAUGAAAUAGUGCUCUGUGAGCAUAUAGUAAAUUGCUGACAUGGAUAACUAAGAAUUCGUAGACAAUCUUAUCAACACUUUCAUUCAAUUUUCUGAAUAAUUAAUUGAGGGAUGGAAAAAAAUUACUGAUCUUAGUUAUAAGAAAGAGAGCACUACUAAAAUCCAUGAAAAAAUGUUUUAGAAAAAAUUACUUUACUUGAGAUCUGUCUUGAGUGAUUUAACUAAACUUAAAGAUAUGCUAAGAAAGCUUGAUAAACAAAGAAAAAUUUUAAUAAAUUUAAAAAAUAAAAGUGGAGAUGAUUAAAAGAAAUGCGUAGAGCUGAAUAACCAAAUAGAAAAAAUUAUCAAUUAUUACAGUAGUUUAUAGUUGGAAUAUGAAAUGUUAGACUAUUCAAAUAAGCUACUAUGGGAAGAAACUAUGAAAUAGUUUAAGCAGAAAAUAGAACCUAUUAGAAAUGGAAUUAGGUCUUUAAAAGAUGAUAAUCAAAAAGAGAAUAAAAAUUUACAAGAUUGUAAUAAAGAUCUUAAUUAUUCACUUACAAAUAAAAAGAUAUCAUCAGAAAAAGAAAUUAAAUAGUGUGAUGAAGAUUUUAUCAACAACAAAUCUCUUAUCAAUAAUAAUGAAGAAAACGAAGUAAGGGAAAAUUGCUAAGAAAGUGAGCUACAGGAAACUGGGUUUUCUUUUUACAAUCCUAUGUAUCAAACUCAAGUCAGAUGGAAGAUUGAUUGA